GGCAGGGGCCGGAAGGCAGCGGCAGGAAGAUGGCGGCGGGCGGGCCGGGCGGCAGCGGCCCGCGGUACCGGGCAGCUCUGCACCCCGACACCUGGGAGCAGGAGCUGGAGGCCAUCCCCAUGUUCAUGAAGCGCUGCCCGGCCGAGAUCGACCCGGAGCGGCAGCCCGAGCUGGCGUGUCUGCAGUCCCUGCUCUUCGACCAGGAGAAGGGCCCCGCAGAGCUGGCCGGCAUGUACAAGAACGAAGGGAACGAGUACUUCAGGGAGCGGGACUACGGGAGGGCGAUCGCCGCCUACAGCGCGGGGCUGCGGCAGGAGUGCGGGGACCCGGCGCUGGGCGCCGCGCUGCUGGGCAACCGCGCCGCUGCCCGCUUCCGGCUGGGUAACUACCGGUCUGCUCUCAACGAUGCCAUCCAGGCGAAGAAGCUGAAGCCCACCCAUCUCAAAGCGAUCGUGAGAGGAGCUCUUUGUCACCUGGAGCUGAAGAACUUCUCUGAAGCAAUAGCAUGGUGUGAGGAGGGCUUGCAAAUAGAUUCCAAAGAGAAAAAGCUUCUGGAAAUAAGAGCUAAAGCUGACAAGUUAAAGCGAGCUGAGGAGCGGGAUGCAAGGAAGGCAAAGGUGAUGGAGAAGAAAGAGCAGUGUCAGAAGGAAAUGUUGCUUGCAGCAAUAAAGGAAAGAAAUAUCAAGCUGGUUCUUGAGCCUUCAAAUGAAGAAGAGGAGAUAUCAGAUGGCCUGGCUGAGAUAUCCUUAGAUGGGUUCCACUCUGACAGUGUCACGGGGGCGAAGGUGCACUUAGAUGCUGAUGGCAACCUGAACUGGCCUGUCCUCUUCCUGUACCCUGAGCACGAGCAGACAGACUUCAUUGCAGCUUUCCAUGAGAAUUCCCGGUUCAUUGAUCAUUUAAUGGUGAUGUUUGCUGAGUUACCUCCUUGGGAUGUAGAAAGAAAAUACCUUCCCAGCAAUCUCGAGCUCUAUUUUGAAGAUGAAGAAAGAGAAGAAAUGUAUGAGCUGAACCCAGAGCACACGUUGCUUCAAGUGCUGCAACACCCGAGGUAUUUUGUAAAGGCUGGGACUCCCACCGUUUUGGCAUUUGUGAAGCUUUCUGCUUUCACUAAGAAAUACUUAUCGGGCAAGAAGGUGCAUCGGCUCUCGUGAGCAGGAGUGAAACCGAGGGAUCCUGUGCAGUUUGUUACCCAAGCUACAGACUGGAAACUUCUGCUGGAACAAUAAUACCCUGCACACUUCAGGGGAGGAAUAGUCUUGGCACACGGGGAAAUUUCCAGGAAGGCAGCACAGGAGAGUGUGAAGGGUUUACAAGAGGGGAUUAAUUGUUUAAAAAGAAAUCCAGCUGGCUUGCAGAAGGUCUCCUCUUCGAUAGGCUGCAUGUGGUUCUGAAAUCAACCUGAAGCAGUGCCAAACACCGGCUGCAGUUUGAAGCAGCAGCAGCUGGGAAUGUACUUGUCUACCUGUGAAAAAUCCCUGCUCUCCUCCGAGGUGGGCUGGGGUGAUCCCUGCCUGCUGCACGGGGCUGGAUGCUGGCAGGUUCCUGCCUGGGAUUAAGCAGCUGCUGGUUUUCCACCACUUGGCUCUGCUGCUGGCCAGGGUAAAGCUGAGCUCUUUGCUCCCAGCACUGUAUUUUACUGCCCUUCUUGCUGCCUUGCUGAUUGUCUUAUAUCACCUGGGAAUAAACAUGUCUAUUUUAAGUA